CCGCCCGCCCGCCCCCACGCCGCGACACGCCACGCCGCGCUGAGUGAGAUAGAAGAUGAAUUCAGCUGAAAUCACUGAUGAUGACGAAGUAAAAAUUCCUAAAAAAAAUAUUGUGAAAGUAGAAACAGAAAAUGAAGAUGAAGCUCUAGACUGCUCGGUAACAUCCAGAUCUUCUGAGAAACACUCACUGGAUGGCGCAGUUACUUGCCUACAGGAUUCCAACAAACGGAAACAGACCUCACUUGGUUGUGAUGGUUCAGGGAGCCAGCAAGAUGUCUUACCCAGUGUGAAGAAAAGACGCUUUACACAAGAGGGCUGCAAUUCAAACAUGAAGAACAGAGACACUGGCUCGCCCACUCAGGUAAAUACAGAGCAGCCAAGCAAGAACAAGAAUCCUAAUAUAACGUGGCUCUGUGAAGAAGAACCCUUCAGUGACAUAACCACUUCGUCUUACAAAAAACCUCUCUAUGGCAUCUCACACAAAAUCACAGAGAAGAAGAACCCAGCAGGAGCGGAGCAGUUUGCCUCUUACGACCUGUAUGAAAAAAUCAAUCCCAGCAGUCCCUCGCAUCUUCGGACUCUGAAUGACCAACGCAAGAGGGACUCUGCUGCAGCCAUCGCCGCAGCAGCUGCCGCUGUAGAGUCUGACCCAAAUAUAUAUUCUUUGAUACAGAAAAUGUUCUACACACUGAACACCCUCAAUUCCAACAUGACUCAACUGCACAGUAAAGUUGACCUGCUGUCUCUGGAGGUGAGCAGAAUUAAAAAGCAAGUCAGUCCGGUGGAGUCCGUUGCAGAUUUCAAGCCUCCCCCCGAGUACACGCUGACUUCUGCAGAGCUCAAACAAAUCAUGGAUCAAAGCACGUCAGGGGGAGACCUGGCUUGCCGGUUACUAGUGCAGCUCUUCCCAGAGCUCUUCAGCGACGACGAGUUCAACAGAAACUGCAGCGCGUGUGGCUUUCUUAACAAAAGGAAACUUGAAUCUCUUCAUCUGCAGCUUAUCCGUAACUAUGUGGAAGUUUGUUAUCCUUCUGUGAAGAAUACAGCUGUCUGGCAGGUGGAGUGUUUGCCUCAAGUCAAUGAUUUUUUCAAUAGAUUUUGGGCUCAAAGGGAGAUGGAAAAUAGUCAGCAGAGUGUGCAAUCGUCUAGUUUUUAUGAUACUGAGCAGGUAGAAUCCUCUCAUUUUAUUGACGAUAAAGAGCAGGAAGAAGCUUUGUCCUUGGACAGGAGUAGCAUCAUUGCCUCAGAUUACAUUCUGGAUGCUCAGGAUCUCAAUGAAUUUUUAGAUGAAGCUUCUUCUCCAGGGGAAUUUUCUGUUUUUUUGUUACAUAGGUUGUUUCCAGAACUCUUUGACCACAGAAAAUUAGCUGAAAGGUACAGCUGCUAUGGGGACUCUGGGAAGCAACUGCUGGAUCCUCAUCGGCUUCAAAUAAUCCGUAGGUACACUGAAAUUUACUUUCCAGAUGUGCAAGAAGAAGAAGCCUGGUUGCAGCAGUGUGUUCAGCGAAUAAAUGAGGAGCUUGAAAAUACGUAUAUGGAUGGAAGUGAAUGCGAUCAGUUGAGAGAUGACUGUUACGAUUCUUCUAGUUUACCAGAUGAUGUAUCAAUCAUAAAAGUGGAAGAUAGUUUUGAAUAUGAAAAGCCUGGUAGACGCUCAAAAAAAAUCUGGCUUGUGCCCAUUGACUUUGAGAAACUUGACUUUCCCCCUCCUGAUUUUGAUGUCCCUGUCCCAGAUUAUCUGUUGAACAAAGAACAGAUUAAAAACAUAUAUGAAAGUAGUCUUUCCAUAGGCAAUUUUGCCUCUCGAUUGCUUGUUCUCUUAUUUCCCGAACUGUUUACACAUGAAAACUUACGGAAGCAAUACAACUGUAGUGGGUCUUUAGGCAAGAAACAGCUCGAUCCCACUAGAAUUAAAUUAAUUCGACAUUAUGUGCAGAUACUGUACCCUAGGGCAAAGAACGACAGAGUGUGGACGUUGGAAUUUGUUGGGAAGCUUGACGAGAGGUGUCGGCGAAGAGACACGGAGCAAAGACGCUCGUACCAGCAGCAGCGGAAGGUCCACGUGCCAGGGCCCGAGAGGAGGGAAUUUCUCAGCUAUGCAAUAAACCCCGAAAGGUUUCGAGAAGAGUUCGAAGGGCCACCGCUGCCACCCGAAAGAAGCAGCAAGGAUUUUUGCAAGAUACCACUCGAUGAACUUGUUAUUCCUAACCCAGACUUCCCUGUGCCUUCUCUGUAUUUGCUGUCUGAUAAAGAGGUGAGAGAGAUAGUACAGCAGAGCCUUUCAGUUGGAAACUUCGCUGCCAGGCUUCUCGUAAGACUCUUUCCAGAACUCUUCACUCCCGAGAAUCUCAGACUGCAAUACAACCAUUCAGGUGCUUGUAACAAAAAACAGCUUGAUCCUAUCAGACUGAGACUGAUCCGCCAUUACGUGGAAGCGGUUUACCCCGUGGAGAAAAUGGAAGAAGUAUGGCAUUAUGAAUGUAUACCGAGCAUUGAUGAAAGAUGCCGGCGUCCUAACAGAAAAAAGUGUGAUAUACUGAAAAAAGCAAAGAAAGCAAAGAAGUGACAGGCUCUUGAAAUUCCCAAGACUUUGACCACUAAAUUAUUGUCAGGAUGAUGCUUUGUUUUAGCCUGAGGGGCCUGUCGGGGGCUGGGGUUGCUCAGCAUCUAGGACAGUUAGGCACUAAGUUUGUUGCAUUUUAACGUGUGUUGCAUCUAUGUGGGCACUGCAGCAGUGGGAAGUGGCUUACUACGUUUGUACAUGGGUAAAGAUCACAAGUCAUCGGUAACAGAGCUCGUAAUGACUCAUUAAGAGCAUGACUUCCACUGGUGCAAAUACAUGUACUGAAACUGUAUUAUUCCACUCCCCAUUUCUGCACCUUCCUUUUUUAUCACUUUCCAAUAAUAAAGAUUUUUUUUAAAAAAAUCAUUGUGCUCUUCAGGGGCAGUUUUUCAUUUUACCCUUACAAACAGUCACGUUAGUUCUUUUGGAGUUUGAAAUUUAAAUUAAAUUUAAAUUUACAAGUCUAAUCGUUUUUGAAAGUGCCAUAUUCAUUGAAAAACAUUGGAAUGUCUGACUUGGCUUCUGCAGUAAGUGCAGCUUUACAUUUGUUUUGUUCUUGAGGAUACUGAGAUACUGAAAGUAGUAACACUGUGUCAAAGAACGGAUCAUUUCCAUUGAUGCCAUUUCCAUUUUUGACUGUUACCCAUGUUUUGUUUCUAAACAUUCUGAGAAUUGAACUGUUGAAGAAUUAAGAUGUGAGCAUGGACACAAUGUGAAUGUUUCUUUAUGUUUUCUUCCUGUUGACACCACAAGCUUGAUCCUGCCCCUGUGACUUUUAUUAUUUUGCUCAGUGUCACUGCUGGCGUGACUAAGGAUGGCUUGUGUGAGUAAAGCCAGCAGCACAGACCCAAGCCUGUACCCAUGGAAUGUAUUGCCAUUGCCUGCUUGCCACUCUGUCUGCAAAAUGCCAAUGCCAACAACAACAACAUAAUAACAAACAAGAACUUAGAAAAUUUAGACCUUACUCUCUGUCAAAAUCAUGAUUCCAAAGGUUUCCAGUGUUGUUAAUGAAUUGAAUAUAUAAAAAUUGCAAAGGUGACAUGUAAAGAUUGGUUCUGUGAUGGAAUCGAGUGCUACGGGGUCCCCACGUACGAGCUGUGGUAACGUAACUCAUUGUUUGCGUCAGUGCAGCACCAUCGGGAUUUUUCAGGCGUGGGGAUAUUGCGCUCCCUCACUUCGCCAAAUUGAUUUAGUGUAAUUAGUAGCUAUUUGGAGACAUAAUUGUGUAUGUAUAACUUAGGUUCCUACAGUCAAGUUUGCAUCAUUAAUAUGUUCAAGUGUAACAGAGACCACCCAGAACCCAGUGUGACUGCUGUAUGAUUUGUCACUGGAGAGCACUGCUUUAAAACUAGUUUUCCUCUCUUUUUUUUUUUUUUUUUUCCUAAAAAAUGAAAUAAAUGAAAUAGUCAGACGUGCAUUUUUAAGUCAGUAGGGACAGUGAUUGCUUACUGACCAUCACUGGAACACAUUGGAGCAAUUGUUGACGUUCUCUGUGGUCCUUUUUUUGUUGUUUACUUAGGUGGGUCAUAGUAUCAAAUUUUAAGUCUGUUCCAGUUUAAUUUUCUAUUUUAGCAUUUCUAAGAAAGUACAAAAUAAUUGAUAUUUUUACUUCAGAUUUUUAGAAUUUAUUGUUCUUAGAGUCAUAUCGAUCCCUCCCUUUAAAAAGCAAAACAAAACAUUUUUUCCUAAUGGCAAGUAUUAGCAAAAGUAUAUCAUGUUAAACCGGGAAUAAAUCAUAAUAGACGGUAGCAUUUGCUCGUUUUCCCCAUGUGCUAGCAACAUUCUCAAAGAAUGUAUGAAGAAAGUCAUGAAUGUACUAAAUAAUACACCGAUACUGUUUAUAUCCAUUUAAAUGUUUCCUGAUGGUUUAAAUAAUAGCAGACCAUGCACAAAAUGGAUAUCAGAGCAAAUACGGCUAUAAUAAAAUGAAAACAUUUUACCAAAGAUAAAGAACUGAUACCACAAUGUCUGCAUCCUUCAUUUUAGUGCAUAAAUCUAGCAAAUUGAAUGUAUCAGAACCCAAGACUCUCUCUUGUAAUUGUAUGCUACCUAGCACCUCUGUGAAUUUUUUUACAUGCACUUUCAUGGGAGACAUAAAAUGAGAGAAAAUAAUCAACAGCCUCUUAACUUUGUGUUGUUAAUGCCUGACCAGAAGGUAAGAAAUAUGAAGUGCAGGUUUUCUUUGUAAUUUUCUUAUCUUAAUGUCAUGCAUGUUUUACCACUAAGUGAUGCUGAAGCUCCCAAAAGAAGUCGAUAGAUGUUAAUCUUUCAUACAAUUGACAGAUGUUACUAGCUAGCAUGCAAAUCUGAGACAUACUGGCUUUUACUGUAGGUGUGGAUAUUUUAGAAUAUUUUGAAUCGCCCUCUCCUCAUAAGGCACAAUCAGUCCAUUUAUCUUAUAGACUAAUUAGCAAAAAAGAGAUUUUCACCUUUUGAAAUGGCAUUUUCAAAAGUGGGUAUGGAAAGAUCCUCACUGUUUUUUCUCUUAACUUCUGUCUAAUUGCUGUGUACAUUCCUUUCAUCUCACUGUUCACAACCUUUCAUGUUUGAUUGUAUGCUUUAUGACUGAUACCGAGAAAACACAGACAUAUGGGUAGUGACGUAGCUCACUAAAGCUCACCCUUGCAGUGCAUCUGAAGUUCAGCCACUUUGUCCAGUUGGUCUGUCCUGUAAAUAAAUUAAAGUUAUAUUAUUUUCAUACAAGA